ACGUAAUUAACGUUUUAUUUGGUUAUUUGUCAUCUGAUCAACUAUUCGUUUAUUUCGUACUUUGGCUCCUUGAACGGAAGUAUAUAGCUCGAAAUUUAAUGAGCGUCUUUUUAUUAAGACCUCUUGACCAAAAUGAAAUACUAGAUGUGGUGUGAUGCUUUAAUGGGCACGUGAUGGUUGAAGGUCAAAGAUGAAUUUCAUUUGCAAAACAAUGGCGUCUAUGAGGGAAUUACAUCAUUUAUAAAACUGGUUCCGUCAAGAAACACUCGACUGAGCAGCUCAAACUGAAACUGUCUGUGACGAAGAGGCUGAUAUCAACAACAGAAGAACAACACAACCACUCAAGAAGCGCAAGUAGACGUUUACAAAAGUUGAAAUUAUCGAAACUGAAUUUCUCGUCUACAGACAUCAGGCAUGUUGAGAACAAUCACCACAUCUACAAAUGGUGUUUUUUCUGGGAUUACUGGCCCGAUAUUUUUGGUCAUUAACAUAUACUUGAGGAUAUAUCUCUUAUGGGUUCGUGUUAGCACUUGGUUUCUGAAUCAUAUCUUGUCAUUUAUACUUGUGUGGUGGUUUGGACUUCGUGAAGUGGAAAUUACCAUCAGAGAGUUUGGAUUUUUAUCUGUUCAAGGUGUAAGAGUACUUUGGGAAGAUAACUCAGGACUGACAAUUGAAGAUAUAUCAUUAAAGAAAAUUGAAUGGAAUUUCCUAAAAGUUAGGGAUAUCACAAUUUUGUUUUCUGUAAAGGAUGUACACAGAGAAAUAUUUACUGAUACAGAGGAUACAACAACAGAUGUGUACACUUCCUUUACUCUUCACUGGAAGAUGCAUUCACCCAGUGACCUGAUCAGCAGUGACCUUCGCAAUUCCAGUGAGACUAUACCACCGUCCUUUACUUUGCUGCAUGCUACUGAUGUACAAAUUGGAAGCAGACUACAUGUGCACAGGGGAGGCUCCUGUGUUGCAAUGUUUGAGGCUGCUGUUGUGGAUGGGUUGUUGAUACCAUCAAAAGAGGCCACGUCAUUAUGUAUUAAAAUGAGGGAAAUAACAUACUGCUGUGGGCCUUAUGAUCCAGGGCUUGUACUGGCCAGAAGAGAAAAGAUCCUCAAGAUGCCACUUGUGGAUUUUUUAGGUACAUUUCACAAAUCAGGUCCAUCACAGGUUACAAUGAACUUUCAUGGGUUACAGAUAUUUGUCAGUCCUUGCAGAGUGAAUUCUUUAGUGGUGUAUUUCUACUCCUGGAUUUGUCAGCUUAAAGAAGCUUUGUCAUCUGAAUCAAAGGGUCGCGAUGAAACAGACAUUAAUCCUGACAAGUUAUUAGAGGUCAAUGUCAAGUCGGAUGAUUCGAAAGUUUCAGUUUGCUUUGAAGAUGGAGAUGAAGCAGUCAACAUCAUGGCGUCGUUCAAUCUCUCGCUCCUUAAGAGAACCAAGAAAACUCAGUAUAGAGCUUCCGUGGGAAUACAAGCCUAUGUCCCCAACUCAGAGGGGAAAAAAGAUCCCUAUGCCGUUAUUGGAAAUGAAUGGAUCUCAAAGCCUUGGGAAUGUUCUUUUAUUGGGAGUGAUUCCGCAGGCCAUUCCAAAGUGGCAAGAAUAACAUCAGAUCAGAACUUUUCUGUAGUUCUCAGACCUGACUCCGUUCCAGUAUUACAGAAACUUCAAGAGGAGUAUGUCAGCCUGUUGGAUCUGAGUCGAAUGCGCGAUUUGUUCGGUUUGUUAAAGAAGGAGGCAGAAGAACAAUCCUCACCAAGUCAGGUUUUCAUAAGUCUCAGAGGAUUGAUAGUUUCUUUGGAAAGAGACGUCUACGAUGAACUUCUAAUUGUCAGUGUCGAUGACAUACGGCUUGAUUUUAACCGGGAUCAGCAUCAUGUAACCGUGGAACUGAGUGUGAAAGACCUUGAGGUAGAGGAUUGCGCGGAUAAAAUCAUUGCAUUUCAACAAGAGCGGUCCAACGGUAUGAGUUCCCAGUCUCUUCUGCGGUUUUCAUUCCUGCAGGAUGCGAAGAAUGAAGCAGGGAGAGUAGUUGUAAAGAAACUUCGCUUGGAACUAGGCGAAUCGACAGUCACAUUUCAAGAGAAACUCAUUCUGAAACUUCUGAAAUUUGCUGGCAUCAAAACCAAGACCCAGUUGUGGGGCGAAGACACAAAAGCGCAACAAGAAAACUCCAGCGAAAGUCCGUCCACUGCUGUCACAGCAAAGCCGUUUUAUUUCGAAAAGCUACAUGUGGAACCAUUUCGAGUUGUGGUGACUUGUAAUCCCGCUGUCGAGCUUUCAGAUGAUCUUCAGAGUUUGAAAACAAAGCUGGAGAUUCCUGCUGGUUUUCCACCAUUGAUGGAGAAUGCCAGCAUGCAAUUUGGAGAUUGGUCGUCAAUCCACCUCUCUUCUUGGCUCGCUCCAUCUCCUUGGUAACCUCUCCAGCUUGCAAGGCGACAUUUCCGAUGGACUGGCCGACCUGAGGGAGACUGGUGACUACUUUGGCUUCGUCAGACACGUGAGAGGUGGACUGGCUGAAUCCUACUACAAGUUCGCGGAUUCAUGGGGUGCGUGCAUCUCUCAGUCACAAUCGAACAGUCCCACUUUAAGUAGCUCCUCAUCUGGGAGCCGCUCCAGCUCAUCGAUGAAAUCUAUAGGUGGUGUUGUUGGGACGUUAACGAGCUUCCUCUACAGUCCUUCAAAAGAUACGGGUCAAGGAAAAUCGCAGGUCUCCAAUUCUUCGACAGCCUCGUCUGCAGAUACUCAACAGAGAGUACCGGCAGCGAGGAGACUGAUACCGAUUGAAUAUAACGAGGACCAUGAUUCUUCAGAAAGUGAGGAGAGCAGCUUGUCCUGCAUUCCGUCAGUGGAAGGGUGGGACAUGGUGCCGAAAGAUGCCCAAAGAAAACUAAAAGGGCAAGAGUUCUUAGAGAGGCUGACGGUUAGCUUGUUUGGUGAAGUCGAUAAGAAAGAAAAAUUUAUCAGCUGCUUGAGGCUUCGUUACAAGGAUCCGAAAGACAAACUGAAUGCCUUGGUAACGAGUCAGCGUGUGUACAUCAUGAAGGUUGGUUUACCAUCAGCUGAUCACGUGUUGCUUGCAUUUCAACUUGUCAACUUGUACAAAGCCAGGCACAGAGAUCAAGACGAAGAACAUUAUCUGGAAUUGUUGAUGCGAAUAUCGGGUGGGAAACGCCUGUCUCUCCCCUCUCCUAAUCCUGCCGACAACCCCCUGGUAAGAUGUGGCACCGUUAAGAUUGCACAGAAUGCAGCGAACGUCAUAAACGAAGCCAAGAGAUCAAGCGAGGAGGCUGAGUCGAGAUAGCAAGUCGACGUCGGUUGUGCAUAUGUAGGCAGCUUGAUUUCGGCUUUUAUCCGUUGUACACCCAGAAGGGUAUUUAUUGAUUGGGUAGUUAGCUGAUGUAGGAAUCGUCUAAUUUUCGCUCGUUGACAGACUGAAGCUGUCAAGAUUACUCGGUAUAUCUCAUUUUCAUUGGCAAGUAUCAUCUGCUUUAGCAUCAAAUUAAGUUAACUAUUAUUCAUUUUUUUGGGUUCAAGGAUAAGUUUAAGGGGAGGGCAUAGAAUCUGUAGAAUAAUAUAUUUCUUUUUAAUGAAGGGUCAUUGGCAGCAUGGGUUUUGGUUAUCGACGGAGCUUUGUUGCAUUUUUUUUAUCUUUUUUUUGAGGAAAACUAGACACAUGCAGACUGUAAAUAGGGCGCGCAUGAUCACAGUAAUGAUGAUAUUUACAACAAGAAUUAUGAUAAUAAUGAUAAUUAUCGAUGACGACCGUUAUGAUGAGACGACGGCGACGACAUUACGAUACGAAGACGACGACACGGCGAUGAUGAUGAUGAUUAGGAUGAAAAUGAUAACAAUAAUAUUACAUUCUAAAGAUAGAUAUUCUAAUAUAAGUUUACAGUAAACAGCAGAUAACAUGGUUUCAUAAAACAAUUGAAGAUUUCUAAUGAAUUUGGGAACAGACGGAUUUUUUUUCCAUUGUACUGUGACAUGUCUUGCAAAAUGUCAAGUCAGGUGUAUCGCAGUUCCUCUAGGAGAUGAAAUAAGCAAUACAAUUUUCUUUCCAAAGAUUUUAUAUAUCAAGAAUUAUUUUUGUGUGCAGAGUAUAUUUAAACAAAAUAGGUAUUCCAAAUGUAAGAUAAAUUAGUGAAAUUGAAUAUUAUACUAUUCGCUUGAGCAAUUUCAAUAUAAAAAGCGACCAGCUUAAUAUUGAUCUCAAUACUUCGAUAUUUAGAAAUAUGUAAGAAAUCAGUGAUGGAAAAAUCUCUUAAAAACAUGAGUCAUGAACGACAUGACGGAUCGGUUCAAUGGUUGUGGGGAAAAAUCAAUUACUAUGGUAUUAUUAGUUAAGAGGAGAAUUGAUCUUAACGGAGAAGGUUGUGUAAUUUUCAGGAUUGAUCUGUUAUUAUUGUCCAUGGUUGAUACUUCCGCCCACAAAGUUGCUUCAUUUGGCAAAUUACACUCUGGUUUACGGGAGUGACUUAACGUCAGGACGGAAAUCACGGUAGUCAUUGUAAAGAAGUGUAAGUAAUGAAUGGACCAGUAGUUCUUUGUGGGGGUUCCAAUAAAUUUGACAUUUUAGAAUAAAAUGAAUUCUUCUAC